AGCUUUUUGAUGAGCUGCUCUUGAGAAGAAGUUCAUCACACUGCAGUCAGUUAUACAUAAUUUCCUCAGAAAUGUCCUACCCAACAACACUAGAGCAAAUUGGUGGUCAAAGAGGUUCUCACUUUUCAUUUACUGGUGAAAACAAUGGUGCCAGUUUAGAGAAGAUUUGGGUUUGGGUGGGGGAAUGGCAGAUCAAGGCUGUCAGGGCUUGGCUUUCAGAUGGUAGAGAUACAACCUUCGGAGAACCAUCUGGACCGCAUCAAGAAUAUGAAUUUACCCCUGGAGAGUGUUUCACCUCACUGUCCCUCUGGGGUAACGAUGAAGGAUCACAUGUUGGUGCCAUCAAAUUCAAGACCAACAAGGGUGGAGAAUUUUUGGCGAAGAUGACAAGGGGUUUAAAAACAGAAUAUCCCAUCGAUGUCGGCUCUGGAUAUUGUCUUGGUAUUAUAGGAAGAGCUGGUGCAGACAUCUAUGGCAUAGGAUUCUUCUUUCUCAAUGAAGUUCAGUCAGCAGUUCUCACCAAAGUCAGCUACCCAACUAUUAACCAGCUGAUACCAGAGGUGGCCGUGGAAGAGCUCAAAUCUGUCACUUUUGUAAAUAAAACAUCUGUUCAGAAAAAGCAAACUGAAAGUUUUCACAUCGAAACCUCAAAGAAAUUCACCAAAACAUCUUCAUGGUCUAUGAGUAACAGCUUUACAUUAGCAUUCAGUGUGGAGGUGAAGGCUGGGAUUCCCAAAAUUGCAGAAGUUCCAACGGGAUUCAGUGUCAGCGUUGGAGGUAAAAGAACCUACAUGCAUGGUCUGGAGCAGACGGAUGAGAAAAACGAAACCCUGACCACCACUGUGGAAGUCCCACCAAAGAAGAAGGUGGAUGUUGACAUCACCAUAGCCAAAGCAAGUUUUGACCUGCCGUACACUGGCACAGUGAAGAUCACUUGCAUGAAUGGCAGUGAGUUAAAGUACAAAACCGAGGGCCAAUACAAAGGCGUCACUUACACUGAUAUCAAAGUGAAUACGGUUGAAACAGAUCUGUAAUGUCAAAACUGAUUGUUUACAGGCAGAGUAUCAGUUGAUUUACCUUUGGUUAGUUUUGUCUGUGCUCCCCUUCCUCUGAUCCAUUUUAAAUGAGUCUUUGCUUAAUGAUUUAAAAAGACGAAUUGUACUGUAUACCCAGAACUGUGGUUUUCCAAUAAUCUUUUCUGAUUCUGUUUAAAAAUGGUCAUAUAGCUUCAUACCUUUUGUAAUUUUGAAAUCAGUAACAGAUUAUGUGAAUAUGUAAGAGUUUCGAAU